AUGGCUCCUUUCAGAUGGACGCUGCUUCCGGCUGCGCUCUUCGGCGUUCUUGUGUCCCUCAGCGUAUUCUUGCCGUCGGCCGAGGCCGGGUGCUGUCCCAACGCGUGCUCGGGCCACGGGACCUGCACCGUAGACGACGCGUGCGUCUGCUACAGCAACUGGCAGAACGGCGAAGAAUUUUUCGAGACCGGAGACUGCUCGGACCGCACUUGCCCGUAUGAGAUCGCCUGGAGUGACUUCCCAGACGACUCGGGGGCCCACCACACGUACGCCGAGUGCGCCAACAAGGGGACAUGCGACCGUACCACUGGGGAGUGCGUGUGCUUCGAGGGGUACGAAGGGAAGGGCUGCGCCCGCAUGUCGUGCCCCAACGACUGCUCCGGCCACGGCCGAUGCAUGUUCGCGGACGACCUCCCGUACGGCGUUAACCUGGGGUCCUUCUACCACGACCAGAACAACAACACGGACCACCUGGGCGAGCUGGGAGACACCAACGGCAACGACGCCGUGACGUUCGAGUACCACGGGUGGGACGAGGGCAAGACCCGCAUGUGCCGCUGCGACCCCGGCUACGAGGGGGUCGACUGCUCGUACCGCUCCUGCCCCCAGGGGAAUGACGUCAUGGUGGAGAGGCUCAACCGCGUCGCCUCCGUCAAGUAUCAGAAGCAGGCCAUCUGCCUGUACAGCUCGGGCACAGCCUUCUCGGGGACCGAGUUCUGGAACUGGGACUUCAACGCGGCCGACCCGACCCUGCACAGGCCCUACGAGACGGCGGACUACAUCGAGAGCGCCCUGGAGGGCCUCCCCAACGGCGUCAUCGACUCGGUCCAGGUGGACGUGGCCUACAACGCGACCGGGUCGGUGAUCGCCGGGGAGGUGAUUGAGGAGUACCCCUGCGACGAGCUCAUCGUGGUCACGUUCGACGGCGCACAGGUCCAGGGAAACCAGCACCUGUUGGAGGUCGAGUGGAGGCCCUGCGGUGACGGUUGCACCCCCAAGCUCGACGGCCUCCCGCUGUCCACCAUCGACACCCAGCUCGACAACCUGCCCUACACCAUCGGGGCGCACCGGUCGUACGUGCAGCAGGUCCAGUCGGCGGACUACGAGUCCUACGUCUGCGGCGGCCGCGGGAAGUGCGACUACACCACGGGGGAGUGCGCGUGCUUCACGGGGUACUACGGCCUCCACUGCGAGACGCAGACCGCGCUCAUCUGA